GGCCUAAGUCGGACACAAGCACGACUCACGCCAUCUGUCAGCCAACAUGAACGCGCUCCGCCAGAAAUGCCGGCCGAAACAUCAGGUCUUGAUCCUCAAGUGCUAUCCGAAGCUCCCCAAGAACCCGGCAGCCACGGCGAGUGAGGCCAAACCGAAUGGCAGCGAACUCAGCUAUCUCGUCUACUACGCCUCGAGUCGCAGGGAGAAACUCACAAAGGUUGGCAGUUUUCUGGAAAAGCGCACCGCCUCGGACGUCUACAAGGGCAGGAUAGGAGCGGUACAUGUCACCUUAGGAAUUCUUACCGCCUUCCUCAACUCGUCCAGCAUCUCCUCGGUCGACACAUUUCCCCUAUUGGCGCCUCACGUCCUUACAAUCCUUCAAGAAGUCUUGGGACACUCCAACGACACUGGCUUGAUUGAGGCAUGUCUACCCGUGUGGGAUGCCUUCUGUCACGACCAGGACCAUGCUACGCUCGCUGCCGAUGUCGAGUACCGUCAACAAUUCGCCGAUGUGGUCAAGAGAUGGACAACAUAUGCCGACAAGACAAACAAGGAGGCGGGUGGUUCUAGCGAUGCCCUCAAGCUGCGCAAGGCUGGCCUUGAAGCUCUGCGCAGUGUCGCCAAAGCCCAAGCACUCGCCAGCGAUCCCGGCCGUCAAAUCACUGUCUUCUUGCCUGCCGUUCUGCGCAACCUCUAUUCCCAGGAUGCUGCAUACCUGACCACCCUCGACGAGCGAUUGGCCGAGCAGAAGCACGCCCAGCAAGGUCUUCGUCCUAGCAUGCAGACCAUUCGCAGUACGAAUACAAGAGAGGAAGGCGAUCCUCGCGCUGCCGGUGGCACUGCUCAGGAAGCCGAUCGCUAUGCAGAAGAAGAAGCUGGUGUACUGGCCAUGCAAUGCUUCAAGGCUCUGUUCGAUGUCGACAACCGUGGUCAAGUGCGCAUGGCCACCUUGAGCAUGCUCGAAUAUAUUGCUCAACACAAUUCUCCCCAUGCUUGGUCCGUUGGUCUCGUCAAGCUGGCAUGCGAAUGUGCUCCGGUCCAGGAUCGCUUCGUCGUCUUGUUCAGCGCUGUCGAGAUUCUGAUCAAAAGUCCCAUUGUCGAAGACGCUUUGCAGCAGCAAGUCGUUUUGGCUGUGAUUGUUGAGCAGGUUCUUGGCUCAAACAUCAACUUGAUUGGCUUAUCAGUCAUGGAUAUCCUCCUCGGCCUGGUUCAGCACGUAUUGCUGAUACUGCAGCUAGGAACCACCCAAUCUAGCAUGAACGGGACCAACGAAAAGCCAAAGUCGCCCGUGAUGGAGGUUGUCAAGACUCCUUCGCCUGUCAGAGUCGAACUGCUUACUCAUUUGCGCCAAUGCAUCGUGAACCUUGCCAUGCACGUCUACUAUACCGAUCAAAUCUCGGACAUGAUUUCUGCCAUCCUUCUCCGCCUCAAGCCUGCAUCUACUGCUGCCAACAUGCUUGCAGCCACUGCAAAUGCCAUUGAAGACCCGGGUGCUGCUUCCCACGAAUCUGCAACUAGUAAUGGAUUGAAGGAAAGACCCAACACUGACGGCUUCUUCUCGUUCGACACUGCUCGCGAAGUUGCUCUCGACUCAGUCAAGCGCAUUCUGAUUGUUGCUAACAAAAAUGGUCCUUCCGCUAACGAGGCUGCCAAGAACCAAAACCCUGUGCCGAUCGGUGUCUGGGAAGGAACCCAAUGGCUGUUGCGUGACUCUUACCGUCCAGUCCGUGUCGCUUAUGUGGAUGCUUUAUGCACUUGGCUUGACCUUGAAACUCGCGAGAAGGAUUCCAAGAUUGAGAUAAAGGUUGCUCCUGAAAAGCACAAGCGGGACAAUGCAAACGGCAACAACAUGGCUCGCAGAGCCGUGUCCAAUGCUUCAGCACGUGGUCGUGGCGCUAAGAAGAGUCGUUCCUUCUUCUUGCAGCUUUUGCAUCUUGCCAUCUACGAGGACGCUCUGCAUCUUGCCGACCGCCCUGAAGCUGACCAUGAAUUCCUGCUUUUGCAUUAUCUCCUUGCAUCUAUGGUCGCCAAGCUCGGCAUCAAUGCCACUCGCUCUGGUCUGCCCAUGAUCUUCCGCCUUCAAGAAGACAUCCUGGCCAUUGAGAACCCCAAGGCCAAGGUCAGACUUGGUAGUCUAGUCCACGGGUACUUCUGGGCUGUUGCUCACAAGUUCAACUUCGAGCACUCUGUUGUCGGAAACGAAAUUCAAGCAGAGAUUGUGCGCAGACAGCAAAGCGGCAUUUGGGUACACGGCCUUCAGGUUCCAGCGGUGUCACUGGCAAGAAUUGCUGAGGUGGCUGCUUCUGCUCCAACACAGUUGACCGAAAACACCGUUGAGUCUCAGGCAUUGAAGCCAUUCGAUCACCGAGAGCAGUUAAUUGAGCGUAUCUCGGAUGCUUACAGCGCUAACAUCGCUUCACCGCCUGGCACGCCCGGUAGUCCUGGACGCAGUUUCUCCCUGCCUACCUUGUCUCUGGCUCCCAGCGACUUCCUCGCCGCACCCAGCAGACCCAGGCCCGAUCUUCCACAAUCAUGCAUCGAUGAGCUUAUGGCAGUCUGGUCUAAAGACGAACUUCUCGCAGCUGUUGCAGCGGCAGUGCCCAAGUCGACAUCUUUGAGUGGCUCACGUGCUGGGACCACAUCUGCACACCCGUCAGGAACCAACCUUGUUGCCCUUGGCGAUCACCGUCGUUUGCUUGCCGCUGCGAACACGUUCCCCUACCAGAGCCCUCGUAGUACAUCUGAGACUUUUGGAAAUGGAGGCACCUCUAGAUCUGGUCCUGCAAGAGCUGGUACCAGCCAUUCGCAAGUCAGAAGCCGCAUUGUUAGCCGCAGCCCUGCUGGUCGACGACCUAGUAAUAGUACAUCAGGUCACGGAGAUGCUGCCAGCAGCGUUACAAACUCAGGUGCUAUGCGUGUCGAAGAAUUGAAGAGGGUGCUCGCUGGUCAAGCACCGCCCUCCUCCGCCAUGUCUAUGCAUCGUGCUGGCGCUGGAGACGACUCAAGCGAAAGUAUGAUGGACGUCGAGGACGGUGAGCUCGAUGACGAUGUCAGCGAGUAUACCCCACCACCUCACCGCCCAGCAACACAGGAUCCUGCUUACGGUUAUCAAAACACCAUGCAACCACCUCCUGCGCCUGCUCUCAGACUCAAUAGUGGCGAAGUCAUGACCAACGGUACUUUACCUUCAGCACCUGCUUCCGAGAGAGGCCGACAAGAGACUUUGGUCACCAGACCUGCCAGCAGAAGAGUCGCAAGCAGGAGUUCUGCCAGAGGCUUUGGUGGUGGCGCCGCUAGCACACAUGGCAAGAAGGAUCUUAGAGAUCUAUUGUCAUCUAUCGGCACCGAAGAAGAUGUUGAAGGCGGAGAAGGAGUCAGCAGAGCGCCUUAUUAGUAUGUGGUGCUACAUAAUGGAAGGAGAAGGAUAAGAAAGAAGAAGUGUCGUGUUGUUUUGGAUACCCGUGUAGCGUUUUCGAUUUUCUAGUAAGUAAAUAGUGUGGUA